AUGGAAGAUGAGAAUCAUACUCUAGUGACACAAUUCAUUUUCCAAGGAUUACCACAGAAGUAUGAAUUUCAGAUUGUCCUCUCUGCCCUCCUCCUGCUCUUCUACAUCAUCAUCCUACCCGGGAACAUCCUGAUCAUUGUGACCAUUUGGAAUGACUGCCAUCUGAGAUCCCCCAUGUUUUUCUUCCUGGCCCACCUGGCCUGCUUGGAUAUCUGCUACAGCUGCAUCACCCCUCCAAAGAUUAUGAUUAACCUCUUCUCUGGCAGCAGAACCAUCUCCUACCCGGGCUGCAUGCUUCAGAUUUUCUUCAUCCACUUUCUGGGUGCGGCUGAGAUGUGGCUUCUGAUUGCCAUGGGGAUUGAUCGGUAUGUGGCCAUCUGCCACCCACUGCGCUAUACAACUGUGGUGACCAAGGCACUUUGCUGGGCUAUGGUAGUGACUUCAUGGACUGGAGGUUUCAUGCACUCCAUGAUCCAGGUCAUUCUUAUUGUCCCUCUCCCUUUCUGUGGCCCCAAUGAGCUGGAUAACCUCUUCUGCGACAUCACCCAGAUCAUCAAGUUGGCCUGCACUGACACCUUCAUGCUAGAGUUCAUCAUGUUCUUCAACAGUGGCCUGUCCACUCUGAUGUGUUUCCUCAUCCUCCUCAUUUCCUAUGGGGCCCUACUGGUCAAGGUGAGGACAGGCUCCAGCAAAGGGAAGAGCAAAGCUUCAUCUACAUGCAUCACCCACAUCAUUAUCAUCUUCAUCAUGUUUGGCCCUGCCAUCUACGUCUACUGCCGGCCUUUCCAGGACUUCCCCUUUGACAAGGUGGUCGCCUUUUUCCACACAGUGGUUUUUCCAUUGAUGAAUCCCAUGAUCUACACUCUGAGAAACAAAGAGAUCAAAUUAGCUAUGUUGAGACUGAUUAAAAAAUAUUUAAAUGUGGGAGUAUCAGAUGGAGGGAAAACCUAG